AUGUCGGGUUUCCGCGAAACUGUCAAAUUCCACGAAAAAGAAACAAGCAUUGUAAGUUUGUUGACAGGGAGUGGUCAGUGGUUUUAACAAGUAUUUUUAUGAAGAUUUGCACACUCAGCGAGAUCUUAGAAGUAACCAGUGUCCCAAAGGUUUCAUAUCAGGAUGGGCUGACAAGAGCUCCAAGACAGGAGGCCCUUUUAUGGUGUCCUACAAUGUAUUAGAAAAAAAUAACAAAUUAGCUGAACAGAAAUAAUCAUCAUGUCUGAGCAGUACAAUUCCGUGGAAAACAAAGUUGAAAAUUGGCACAGGUAUCAGAACGAUUUGAUUCAGUCUUUGUCAUCACCCGCCUCGAACAACCCACAAGUUUCGUCAGACAGUGACAAAAUGGCUCAACAUUCAAGAGGAGGUUGUGCAAUUGAAAGGAAUGGUUUUAACUGCAGGCUUGAUUCAGUUGAGGAUGAGGAGUUGUUUGGGCCACAAGCAUCAGAUAGCACCAUAGAUACUAACGAUGUCUUUUCGCAUACUGACCUGGAUGAAACAAGGUCAGAUAAAGACCAAUGCAAUAUAAAUUAUAGCAACGUUGGAGCUCUUCCAAACUUUGACCUGCUGGAUGAAUCAUCUGGGAAAAGCAGUGAUGAAAAUCCAGAAUUUAAUUUUGGAUACCCGAAGUCACUUGAAACACCUGAGAAAUUCAAUUCGGGUUCAUCAGGUAAUGGUAGCAUUGGCAUUAAUUCUGAGGACCUUAAGAGCAUUUUGAGACAUCCAAGUGGAAGGAUGUAUGAACGAAGCCAAUCUGCAACAGAUAAAAGAGACAGUUAUAGAAAUAGCAGAGAAAGAAAAUAUGCUGAAAUAGAUUCCCCACCAGAUUUUGACGAAAAUUUCCUAAAAAACCAGCCUAUAGUAAGAAAGUCAAACAGCCUACCAGACCUUGUAACAACCAGCCAGCCUCAGUCAUUGUCACCCAGAACUUGCCCAGACGUCGCUGAGAUUCAGUUUCAUUCUGAGGGGUGGAGGAGUGCUGGUAGUCGACAGAAACAACGGGAGGCCAUAGAAGGACGUAGCUGGCCGUCUGCAACAAGCAGACCAAAGGGCAUAGUACGUCACAUCAGCAUUGCAGAGACAACGGAAGAGCUGUUAUAUAACACUGAGGAUGAGCCAAACAUGGUUGGGAAAGAAGGAAGACAGCUAACCAGCAGGGACCGCACUGAGGAGGUUAAGCUACCUCUUAAGUCACCUUCUGUUGAACGGAGACAGGUCCUGGCCUCCAAGUCCAGUGGAUACCAUACAGGCAGCGAGGGUAAUGGUAGCCAAGAAAAGAAUGAUGAUGCGUUCAGUAGAAGCACCUCACAGAUUUCAAGCACAGUGUUCACAUCACAAGAGAGUGAGGACAAAGGCAGGGAGCUGGAAAUGGGCAAACAGCUUGAAGCCGGAAAGAUUUGUUUCCAGCAGUAUACUGAAAGCAGGGAACCAGAAGUAGGCGAACAGCUGGAAAUUACAGUGGUUGAUAACCAGCUUAAGAAUGAACAAUCGUUCGAAAUUGAUGUCAAAGCUGGAGUUCUUGCUGGCAAUUUACCCCUCGUGUCAAUGCAGUCUUUAAAUGAAUAUGGGCCUAACGAGGAAACAAGUGAAAUGACAUACAGUUCAGAAAUUUCGGGGGAAAUAUUGGACUCGAUGAAUAACAGUAGCUGGUUUGAGUCACAGAGUGAGAGUUUGUUUUGCUCCUAUGAUUCUGAAAAAACAACUAGUAAUCAUGGAAAUAAUAGUCCACAUAGCAGCGGAAGUAGCACACUGACAGUUAUUGAUGCUGUUCGAGGUAAAGAAAGUCUCAAGAGUAAGGAACAAUCUGUUAGAGAAUACUUCCAUCAUGAAGAAAAAGCUAUUUCAAUGACAGAAAAGAACCUACCGUGCAUGAGUUUUACACAAGAAGAUCUCUAUCCUCGAGGUGAUGGCAAGAUAGCCAUGGAGAGUGAUGGAAAGUCAACUGAAUUAAAGAACUCUUCAGCCAAUAGCAGAGUUGUAAACAAUGAAGAAUCAAGUUUAGACAUUACUGGCAUCUUUGAAGCUGGGGCUAUUAGAAAGCAGACAAGCAUGGUCGGGGGUAACAUACCUUAUCAUAUUUUUUCUCUUCAAGAAAGUUUUAGUAUUACAGACAAUGUAGAAAGACUAGCAGAAGAAGAUGAUAAGAAGAUACAGAAGUUUAAACGAAAACAGAACCUGACCUCAUCAGGAAGUAUGGACACAAUGCGUAGCUCUUCGUCCGACAGUCCCAGUAUGGCUGGAUCACCUAUGAGCGCAGGGGCUCAAAAUUACAAGCUGGCCACAGAAAAUUACAAGAUGAAGAAUAGAGUGUCCCAGUUUGAGAAUCUCCUCGCUGAAAAGAGUCCUAAUGAACUCAGUCCCACAGAUGUUGAACAGUUGUUGAACAGCUACAGAUCACCAUCUUUCUCUAUACAAGGUAGUGUUCGGGAAAGGCUCUCAGAUCAAGAGGUGGUGUUUUCUGCGUCUGACCUUGAACGUGCCUCCCGGUGUGCGUCACACAAAUGUCCAGAUCCAACCUGCAAAAAGCUGUUAGAGGUGAAUGUGGCGCUACAGUCAGAGAUACUCGACAGCCAUUCCAGCUACCCGCUUGUGCGAUUGUACUGCAUGGGAUUGUGGGAACAUGCCCAGAAGUGUGACGACACCAAGUGCCUUGUGCAGUACUGUGCUGAUGUCUUCACAUCAUGGAAACUGUCUGCAUGUGGUGAGGAUGAUCUGACCAGCCAGAUUGUGUUUAGAAUCCAGGCACAGAUGAACAUACCUAAGACUGGCAUGUUCUUGCAAGAUGAAUUCAAAUUCCACAAGCUGGCAAACCAGUCGUUCCCAGAUGAGCCCCGGGCCUAUUUGACCCACACACCCCUGUACAGCCUGGGCAAAUUUGGUACAGCUAUGGUGUGCAUGGACAACCAUAACGGCCGCCUCUGUGUCCUAAAAACUUUUGCUUCACUGGAUUACCACCACCACAUGUCCCUGUUUACGAGAUUACAGCGCAUUACACACAAGCACAUUGUAGACCAGCUCUGGCUGUUGGAGUAUAAUGACCAGGUCCAGGUCUGCUCACCUGUUUUGCCAGGAGGCAGUUUAAGGGAUUACCUGGACAACCAGACGGGAGGGUUGCCAUGGGAACAGGCCAUAUUCUAUCUCAACCAGGCCAUAGAUGCUGUCCUGUAUCUACAUACAAAAGGAGUUGUCUACCUUAACUGGCAAACCAAGAAUGUCCUGUUUGUUGACAGUCGGUGUUACAACUUGAAGUUAGGCAACUUUGGCCUGUCCUGCCCCCUCAACUGUGAGAUGGACCUGGGGGCAAUCAAGGAAUGUCUGCCUCCGUACCUGUGCCCUCCUGAGCUGAUAAAGAGCAACACAGUAGACUUUGUGUGUGACAGUUGGGGGGCAGGCUGCUUGCUGUUGGAAAUGCUCACUGGUACCCCUCCGCUGUAUGCAUUCCGACAUGAGAGCCGGGAUACAGUGCAUAAAAAAGUGUGUACUGGUACCCUGCAUGUGCCGGAAAUGUUAAAUGAUAUACAGGCAGUGGCGAUAACUGAGCUGUUAAAGCCGAACCCGUCAGAGAGAGGAAAGCUUGAUUUGAUAGCAGAAUAUCUGCGGAACACAGUGGAGUGUUAGCAAGAUAAGGGCAAGAUGAUGUCUGCACUUGAUGUUGUACUAAUAUCACUGAAGACCUCUGUGUUUACCAUUCAUAUUGUUAACAAUGAUAUAAUAAAUUGAUUUUUACAGUGAUGAUGAGGUGUGUAUGCCAUUUAUUGCUCAUAGAAAUUGAUAAUCACAGAGACAAGUAGAGGUGAAAUCACACUUUGUUGUUCAUAAAAUGGGGAAGGGAUAUACAUAGAUAUUUUCAGUGUGUAAGUUUUUAUUGUAUGCUUUUGGUACUAAUCUUCCUAACAACAGUUUUGCAUCAUAUGUUUUGUAAAAUAAUUAUGCUUAAAAAACACUAUGCAUAGGAACAUACAUCAGGGAAGAUAAUUCUUCUUUUGGUCAGUUAUUUUAUUAAGGAAUGAAUUGCGGGGUUGAUGUCAUUAUCGGGGUAUGAACGCCAUUGGGCUGGUCUAAG